CACUUGAAACUUGGGGAACAGGAGAAGAAGAAGAAGAAGAAGAAGAAGAAGAAGAAGAAGAAGAAGAAGAAGAAGAACAGGACAAAGAUAGAUGCAACACGACAGGCUAAACUAGCACUGUUACUAUGCAUCUGCUUUUCCAGACCUAAACAACUUAAACUGGACUUCACCAGAACCUUGUUCG